AUGUUAUAAUCAUGUAGGAUCGAUCCAUGUCAUCAUUAUUUUUGAUAAUAUGACUGUGGUGAUGACAUGUAAUCAAAUCACUUAUUAAAUAAUGUGUAGGAGAUAUCUUAAGUUAAGGAAUAUAUUUAGAGGAAUGUUCUAUGUUUUUAAUCAAAUAUUUAGAGGAAAAUGUUCUAGAAAUUAAAGGAAAGGUAACAAUUAAAGUAAUAAUAAAAAAGGAAAAUUUGAAUUGGAAAAGUAGCGAAAGCCAAAAAGAUAAAAGGAAACAACAUUGUAGGCUAAGUAUCACGCUACAUAAAUAUUGAGUAUUCAUUCCUCAAAAUUAACCUGUCUCUUUGUGGACUGUAGAGUCUUCUUUUCGAGUUGUUGUUAGAACUUUAUUAAAGAUUUCGUGUUUCUUCUUUCUCUUUAAUCCCUUACUAAUAACAUAAAGAAACAAUCGUAUUCCGUUUCGCUCUGCUCAACAUUGCUUCAUCUUUGGUGUAACAAAAAAUGGAAGGAAAAAACCUUAUUUGUAGCGAAAGUACUUUAUCUAUGGAGAUACCAGAGGAUAUAGUAGAAGAUAUUCUUCAUCGCAUUCCAGCAGAGUAUCUGGUAAGAUGGAAAACAGUGUCGAAAGGAUGGAAAUCAUUGAUCGAAUCCGGACAUCUAGCAGAGAAACACCUCGGUCGCCAUCAGAAACUGUAUGGAGCUGAAGAGUUUAAAAUCACUUAUGAAGGGUCCAACUCGAGAGGCUUCGUUGCCGAGCUUUUCACAAAAUACGAGGGACUGAGACCGAACAACAGGGACUCAGAAUCAGAAAAUCGUCCUAGAGUUUCUGGGUCUUGUAAUGGUUUGGUCUGCGUUUACGAUUUAGUCUACGUUAAUCUUUUCAAUCCUGUGACAGGUGUGAUCCGGAAACUUGCUCCUCCUCGAGGUACCAUACUUUCAUUGGGAUUCGGGAGAGAUAUUGUAACAGGAGCAUACAAAGUGGUGGCUGCGUAUAGGCUAGAUGAUGAUAGAGUGGAGAUUAUGGUUUUCGACCUGAGCACCAGCAAGUGGAGGAGGAGAUACAAAACCGCUGGUCCAGUGCCUCUUUCUUUCACUCUAAUUAACCCUAACAGAAACCCAGUCUUUGUAAACGACUCACUCUUCUGGUUGUGUUCACGUGGCCAUUUGGAUAUACUAGUCAUGAGUCUUCACACUGAAAAUUUUCGUACUGUAUCGCAACCUAAGGACAUUGAUGUGUCGUCGGAUCUCAUUUACAUGUGGAGCCGCGAGGACCGUCUAUGUGUUUCUGAUUUAAGACUUUGCAAGGACUCCGAUGUGUGGCUUCUAGUGCAGGACGAGGUUACAAGGAGGUGGGAGAGAACUAGAUUUGCUUUGGUCGAUACUGUUAUUCCUCCAUAUAAGUUGCAUUCGGCUUGGUUUUCACCGACCUUGGUUUCUCCUUACCAGUCGUAGACAGACUCUUGUACAUUAAUUAACUCUUUGCUCUUUCUGACAUAUUUUUUUUCUAUAUCAACUAGAGAUUUUCCCGGACUACGCCCGGAUUAUUUUCCAUAUAUUUUAAUUAAAUUUAAAUUACUUUCUAA